UAAAUGUGAAAGGGUGGAUCCAUGGACACACUAGUUUGCGGGUAGCGAGGUGCGUUGGAGAGAGUCGAUGAUGAGAAGGCAAGGCACGUGUAUAUAUUCGCAGGUGGUCUUCUGAUUACUGAUUCUGGUUUGAAGCCCAAAAUUAGUUUAGUGGAUAUGGGGACUGCAUCAUCUAUUCUAACUCAAUACGACAUCGAGGAAGUUCAGGAACACUGCAAUAAUUUAUUUUCCCAGCAGGAAAUUGUGUCCUUAUAUCAAAGGUUUUGUCAACUUGACCGCAACGCCAAGGGAUUUAUUUCCGCAGAUGAGUUCUUGUCCGUUCCCGAAUUUGCCAUGAAUCCACUUUCUCAGAGGCUGCUCAAGAUGGUCGACGGUUUGAAUUUUAAAGACUUUGUGGCCUUCUUAUCUGCAUUCAGUGCCAAAGCGAGCGCACAACAAAAAAUAGAGCUUAUUUUCAAAGUAUAUGAUUCAGACCGCAAUGGAAAGGUGUCUUUCAAAGAUAUGCUGGAAGUGCUAAAAGAUUUGUCGGGUCCAUUCAUGUCUGAUGAACAGAGAGAGGAAGUUCUCAGCCAAGUUCUAAGAGAAGCGGGAUACACAAAAGACUCCUACUUGACAUUGGAUGACUUCAUUAAGGAGGGCUUAUGGGAAAUGGUUCUUACUAGUGGAUGGAGCAAAAAAGUUGGGGGAAAAAAGUCUCACAUUAAGGGAUUUUUACUACUGUGAAAGCAAUUAAAAAUCAACUUACCUGGUGCUUUCUUCAUCCAGAAAUUUGACCUGAUUGGGCAUUGUGAUAAUGAUGAGAUAUUUGAAUACAAACAAGAUUAUUUUAUACCUCAAAAUUUUCAAUCGUGUAAGAAUUUUGAUUACUUGCAUUAUUGCAUAUCAAAAUUGAUAGUUUGUUUAACAUUUGUGCUUCAAAUUCAUUUGGAAGAGUCAGUCAGUGUAUUAGGUAUCCAACAAAAAAUGGAUGAGUAAGAAAAGACUCAUUGAUGUAGCAUUACAUCAAAAUCUGAUAGUGUCACCGUGAACUUCUGUAUUAAAAGACUCUUUUUUAGCCUCUUCUUUCUCUUUUAUUUCUGUAUAUACAAUACAAUUACAAUUAAGUCUUAUCCUACUAGAUGGGGUUGGCUAUAUAGAUCAUACGACAUCAUUUGGCUUAGCCUUU